AUGAUGAAACCGACAACUUCUCUCCUCGCGCUGCGCUCGCGCGCCUGCGCCGCCGCUCCUCCGUCGCUACGGCCUGCGUUCCUGACGAGAUCGUAUGCGACGCAACAGGGUCUUGGCACGACUGCCAGCCCAGGACCGCGGCGGAGGAGCGUCACGCCCUUCAAUGACGACGGCUACGUCCCCUGGAGCGAGCUUUCAGCGGCAGAGAAGACGGCCAGGGCAACGCAGCAGAGCUUCAACUUUGGCAUGAUUAUUGUCGGAGUCGUGCUAACGGGGACCGUUGGGUAUUUCCUCUGGACCGAUGUGUUCUCGCCCGAUAGCAAAAUCUCUCAGUUCAACCGAGCAGUCGACAAGAUCAAGAAGGAUCCGAGGUGCAUCGAGCUGCUAGGCGAUUCCAAGAAGAUCAUCGCCCACGGCGACGAGACAUUCAACAAAUGGCGCCGCGCUCGCCCCGUUACGUCGUCUGAGAGAACCGAUCCACAAGGGAACGAGCAUCUGGUGAUGCACUUCCAUGUUGACGGUCCAUUGCAAAAUGGCAUCGCGCAGAUGCACAUGGUCAAAAGGCGCGGCGAGAGCGACUACGAGUACAAAUACCUCUUUAUCGACAUCAAGGGCCACGACAGAAUCUACCUGGAAAACGCCGAGGACAAGACGACUUCGGGCAAGAAGCAGCUUAGCUUCUUUGGUGUGAAGUGGUAA